AUGACAGCAGUAAAUCGCACCAACAUGGAUUCGUCUUCAGUUGAUGUUUCGUCAUCACUUUGGCGUGCGGCUGCCACAGAUCCUCCUACUUCAUUUGAUGGAGGUUUUAUUUCGCCCUGGCGUGAUCAUCAUUCACAUCCGCAUGACUUGGUUGUACAUCACGAGUAUGCUCCAUUUCGUUUCUCCGAUCCACAUCAUCACCAUCAUCAUCAUCAUCCUUACUAUGAUCCAGCAUCGUAUUAUACAGAUGCAGCUAUGGAUUCCUAUGCAUCAUCAAGUGCAGCGGCUGCGGCUGCUGCAGCCUCGGUCUAUUCACCGUACAUGGCCCAUCAUCCGUCACCACCACCGGUAAAUUCCAGUUCACCUUCAAUCAAACCGGAAUCAGCUGUUACAGCGGCUGCAGCAUUGCAAUCGGCUCUGAGUUUAUCAACACCAAUGAAUGUUAAUGUUUCCAUGAAUUUCAAUUCACAUAAUAUUCAAUAUUCGACUGGUUAUAAUGUUCCCACACCGUCAGCAACAACUUCAGCCAAUAUACCAUACGAGCCAUUCUAUACAUCGAAUCGCCAUCAUCCAGUUACAUCAUCCUACCAUCAUAAUUCGAUGUCAACAGAUAUAAAAAGUCGUUCGGAUUCUGUCAGCACUAAACAAGCCAUGCUUCUAUCGGCAGCGACAGCUUACGAUUAUAAGGAUCUAUCGAAAUUCUGUGAAUUUUUCCCAACACCAUCAUCAUCAUCGUCCGGAUCGAAUGACAAACGAAGUUCAUGGUUACAAACUCAAUCGACAUCGAAAUCUUCAAUGAACAAAACUAACGAAGGACGCGUCAAUCGUUGUCGUAUAUGCGGUAAAAUCUAUGCUCGGCCUAGUACAUUGAAAACUCAUCUACGAACACAUUCCGGCGAGAAGCCAUACAAAUGCGAUAAAUGCCAUAAAGCAUUUACACAAGCAGCCAAUUUAACUGCUCAUUUGCGUACACAUUCAGGAGAAAAACCAUUUUCAUGUGAUAUAUGUGGUAGGAAAUUUUCUCAGAGCUCAUCUGUAACCACACACAUGCGAACGCAUUCGGGUGAACGACCAUAUCAAUGUAAAUAUUGUCGAAAAGCAUUUUCAGAUAGUUCAACAUUGACGAAACACAUGCGAGUGCAUAGUGGAGAAAAACCAUACGAAUGUUCAUUAUGUCAUCUUCGUUUUUCACAAUCGGGAAAUCUUAAUCGACAUAUGAGAAUACAUAUGAAUGGUAACAAUGGACAUCAUGCGAAAUAA